CUGUGAUUGUACGUGACCUCAGAUGUUGACUGUGACUGUGUCAGAGUGUUCUGAAACCUCCUAUACCACCAGUAGCCCCCUCACUGGAGUCGAGGCUGACUCUUGCGUCCUGCAAGGAAGAGUUGCCACCAGAAAAAAGUCUUUGGAUGUGGACACGAUGUUCUAUAUUGGCGGAGUGGAGCCCCACGUCUCUCUCCCUCCCUUCUCCCUCUCUCUACCCCACUUUGACGGCUGCCUGUCCAAUCUAAUGAUGGACGACCGGAUCGUGGAUCUGGCCAGUCCCGUUCGUCAACACGGGACAUCGGAGGGGUGCCCCCCGUUGGAACGAGACUGUCCCGUUGGCUCUUGUCUCCGUGGCGACUGUGUGUCGGUGUGGAACGGAGCCAUCUGCCACUGUGAGGAGUCACCGGAGUGUGGAGCGGCGGUGCAGAGCUCAGUGUCUCUCUCUAAUGGCCACGUGGGACUGGAACUACCUCCCGGAUCCGCCUUCACUGUUGAGACCUUUUCACUGGCUUUCAGGACCAGACAAGCCACAGCCACACUCAUCAGCUUUGGCAGUGUGGCAUCUGUUAAGCUACUCGAUGGCUCCAUGGUUUUAUCACACAACUCCUCCUCCUCCUCCUCCUCACCCUCUCCCCAACUCACAACCCUCACUCUCCACACGACCGUCAGUGACGGCCUCUGGCAUACCGUCACCAUGACUACCAGCACGGCAGAGGGGACAAAGAUGUCAGUUGACUCUGGUCGAGCCACCGCCAGCCACCCUCUACCACUGACACUCACUGUGACCACACUCGUCCUUGGCUCCACCACCACCACCGACAACAGUGGAGACCAUUUCGACGGCUGCUUGUCCGAUUUCUCAAUCAACGUCCAGAGAUUCGACCUCGCCUCUGUCGUCAUUAGCAACACUUCAGACUCCGUUUUUUCAAACGUCGAGUCACUUCGCGCGACCCCCGGCUGUGGGGCGGGGUCAAGGUGCACUAAUUACACCUGCCCCGCCCACAGUACCUGUGUCAGUGGGUGGAGGAUUAACACGUGUGUCUGUGAAGAUGGGUACGUUCCGACGGAGGGGGGGAUUUGUUCGGACCCCUGCAGCCCCAACCCCUGUCAAAACGAGGGGACCUGU